CUCCGUGGUGUCUUUUGGAAAUAAUUGUGUCAUUUCAUGACAUGGAGUAAGGUCUUGUGGAAUUUGUUGUUAAGAAAAGACAUUGUGCAUGAAAGCUUUCUCGCGAUGUUGUGUUUAUGCAUUUAAAAGCAAUGAAAAUGAUUAUAAUAAUAAUUAUGACGUCGGAGAUGAUAGAUGCUUAGGUUAAUAAUGCCAAAGAGUAAUUUGUGAACUGAUGGCAAAUGGGCUAAAAUGUUCUCAAUGUGACAAAACCAAAUGCGAUGUCUUUCAGUGUAUGGUUUCACAGAUGUUGGAAGCACUGUAGGGCAAAGCACCAAGAAAAAGGGCAAAACAAAACCAAAAUAAAUAAAUUUGCCAAAUUUUUCGAGGGCUACGAGGCAAGCACCCUGUACUUUGGCAAAGCGCAUCCCUGUGCGGAUUUAAGUACAUUUUGCGAACCGUUUGAUGACGAAGCUCCCUUAGGCCCCAACUCCACCAGAAAAGUUGUUGGAACGAAAGUGGCUUUUUCUCCAAAAAGAAAAACUGUCCUGUUGCUAAGUUUUCAAUCAUUCAAAAAUGUCGAUAUGUCGUCUGUCCUUGUAACCUGGGUUUAUUGUUAUCGUAAUUAGACUUCAAUGGCAAUUUGCGGGAUUAGAUCGUCAUCUAAGCCUCCAAAUUAUAUUGUAUUGAUUCUUGUACCGAGUCGUAAUUAGUACGUACGCAUCUAGUCCCACGUUCUUUUGUAUAUGAGCAUUUUUUCGAUUGAUCUUGCUUGUUCUCGUGCAACGCUGGUAAACAUCGACAUUCCAAACGAUGAUCGUUGCCAGUCAGCUGAUUGAGGCAUUGCAAGAUGAGCGAAAUGAUGGACCAGUAUCUGGAUUUUAGUGAUGAGAAUACAAGUCAAAUUCCACAUACUGAUUGCCUUGAGGGAAUCUUUGAAGCUUGUAACAUUUGGAAUGAAGAUGAAGAAGAUGAGGAUUGGCCAGUAGCUGACUAUAUUCAAACUAUAAGUGAAACCAGUCAAGGGAAUGUUUCUUCAAAUAUAGAUUUUCAGCUCGGCAACAAACCAUUAUAUACUGACCCAGUGGAUGCAAGGACAAAUGUUAUUGGAAAAGAAUGGCUGACUGCAUCUUCAAUGAAGGGUUUUACAUGUAAUGCAUGUGGAAAAGCAUUUCGAUGGAAGAAUGACAUGCAGAGACACGAGCGAAUUCAUACAGGGGAAAAGCCAUUUCAAUGUGACAUUUGUGACAGAUCUUUCUGUCAAGAAAGCAACCUCAAGUUCCAUUUGCAAAGACACAGAGGAGAGAAACCCUAUUUAUGCGAAGUAUGUGGAAGAUGCUUUACCUUAAAAGACACAUUGUUGAAGCAUAAUACAGUUCAUAGCGGCGAGAGACCCUAUGGUUGUGAUACUUGUAGUAAAAAGUUCGCUCAAGCUGGCACACUUAAGCGGCACCAUUUUUGCAAACAUACUGACCGAAAAGAGUAUGAGUGUCCCACUUGUAGCAGUAAGUUUGCCAGAAGAUGUCAGCUCACUGUUCACAUGCAUAUUCACCAAGACGAUAUCCCAUUCGUGUGUGAAAGAUGUGGGAAUUCAUACACAAGAAAGACCGCAUUGAACCGGCAUAUGGAGCGCAGACAUAAACCUACCGACAUAGAUACAGGAUAGAAAAAGUACAUUAUGACUGGCGUGACAUGAUGUCCGUGCAGAGGGUACACCUAGUGCCACAUCUGUCCCUGCCUACGGGGAACAGGGUCAAUAGAUGUCAAUAGAUGUGGAAAAGCAUCGAUUGAGUGGGGGCAUCUUCGUUUGCAUUUACCUUUGGACUGUGGACUGGACAGUGGACAGUUUAUUCUCUUCGCCCCCAACUUUUCAUCUUUCAUUUGAGCCCCUAUUUAGGGACCUUGUCUGGUUAACUUCAGGGUCCAGUCUGAUUAAAUUCAAGGGUUUUUAUCUUAUAAAUUCUAGGGGCCAACUCUCUUUAUAUAUUGAGACGCCCAGUGGUAUUUUGGUCGAGGGCGCAGUCUAAUAAAAUUCAGGGGCCUAAUCUCAUCAUUCCCAAAAAGUAAUAAAACUACAAUUGAAAACAACACAGUAUAGUUGUGUAUAAUUUGAUUCGAUUCAUUAUUGCGAAUAUUCUGUAAAGUAUUUUAUUGUCUCUUUUUGGCAUUAGUCUCUGUGAAAAUGGAAUUGGCGUGGCAGUCUUUGGCUCAAUUAUCAAUCCAAAAUAUCAGAAUAUAAUUUUCUGCUUAUUUUCGGUCACUAUCCGACUUUUUUACUCUGAAGAGUGUCGGACAAAAAGUAUUCAAGUAUGCCAAGUUUGGGUUAUUUUGUGCCGUCAUUAAUUAGUGUUUGAAAACCGUUAAAACAGUUAUGAAUUCGAACAUCGCAUACUUAGGCCAAAAUUUUGGAAACAGUAAAGGAGCACCUUAAUCCGUUCCCCUCUAGUAAGGGAUGCAGGGGCGGACUGGCCGGUCGGGCUACCGGUGGGCCCUCCCAAAAUUAUUACAACUUUUUCCUAAUUUUGCUAUUAAAUGAAAACUCGUAUUGUUUGGUAGGAGCCCUCUUCUGUUGUCAUAACACCGAGACUCUCUCAAGAUU